UGGCCUUUAAAGUACUUAGGUCUUCCUUUAGUUGGUGACCCGAUGUCUGCUACCUUUUGGGAUCCUGUUGUUGAAAAGAUAGGAAGAAAGUUAGAUGAAUGGAAGAAAACCAUCAUUUCUAGUGGGGGGAGGUUGACAUUAGUACAUUUUGUGCUACAACAUAUUCUUAUUUAUUACUUGUCUCUAUUUAAGAUGCAUUGUUUGGUUGUUAGAAGGAUUGAAGGGAUAAUGAGGGACUUUUUAAUGGAAGGGAGUGGAGAAGGAAAGAAGGGUCAUCUGGUUUCUUGGAAUGUGGUCACUUGCCAAAAGUUAAAGGUGGAUUGUCACUGGGGAAUUUGAUGAAAAGAAAUUAGGCAUUGACUGGAAAAUGGCUUUGGAGAUUUCCAAUAGAGCAAAAGGUGCAUUGUGGCGUUCGAUUAUCAGGAGCAAAUAUGAUUUAUAAACUAAUGGGUGAAAUGUUGAAGGGGUUGAAAGGGCAACUUUUCGGAGUCCAUGAAAGUUCGUUUCUCAGGGUUUACUUAAUUUUUCUUAAAGAGUAAAUUUUAGGAUGGGUGAUGGGUCUAGGGUUUGGUUUUGGGAGGAUAUUUGGUGGGGAGAGUCUUCAUUUGAGAGUCUUUUUCCUCUACUCUAUCUUAUCUCUCGUUAUCAGGAGGAAUACAUUGUAUCUUUUGUCAUGUUUUACUCUUCUUCGGUUUUUUGGGAUUUUGGUUUUCGUAGA